GCCUUUACUUGGGGUGCGUCGGACAAAUGUAAUCUCACCAGACCUCCUAAGUACUUAGACGUGUUUUAGAGUUACGGAGCGAUACAUCAUACAAGUAUAGAUUGUCCAUCAUGUCCAUCAUCUCCAUUUUCAUGAUAAUCUGAUGUGCCUGAGGAUUUCUCAUAAAGAGGAAUGGAUUACUUUUGUUGAUGACGAGUCCAGCCAAGUUUACAGAUAUGGGAGCAAAUUCAUCAUACCCUGACAAAACUGGCCAAUCAGGUUCACGGUUCUCAACCCUUUACCGGGGACUCAGCUUUCACUUUAGCGAGGGUGAUGUUGCCACAAGAGAGAAAAAGAAGAAAUUGUCAAAGUUACAGACAUUGAGAAAAAAACUGACGAGGGUUAGAAGGCAUAGUCGUUCAUUUGAUUAUGCUAAAGCAAUUCGGGACUAUACUUCAAAUUGGACAAUACGUGAACUAAGUGAUUUGGUUGAUGAAUAUGAAGCCAGCUUAAAUUUGAAGGAGAUUACUCUCCUAGCAAAUCUAGCAAGACCUACUGCAAAUUCACUCAAACAGGAUUUGUCACAUUUGUACCAUUCUAAAUUUGGUAGUGAUCUUGAAUUGAUUUAUCGUGGUACAAGCUUUCCAGUCCAUCGUGCUAUUCUAUGUUCGCGUUGUCCCUACUUCAGGGACCUGCUGCAGAAAUACCCUAAAUAUGGUGCCCAGGUCCCCGUUGAAAUCAAAAGUCAUGGUGUUGAUACUUCAUUGUUUUCUGCAUUGCUACACUACCUAUACACGGGGGAAUUUUUAUUACAAGAUUCUCAAUAUGAAGACUUGGAUACAUGUAUAUUGGUACAUCUGCGACGCGAGUUUGGCACACCCAAUUUGUUAGAAUAUGAUCUUAGAAACCUACUUGACAGUGAUGAUUAUUGUGAUGCUGUGUUAGUGUUUGCGCUGGAUUCCGAUUGCCAUGAGUUAUUGUCAGGUUCCUGCGAUACUUAUGGUGCUUGUGCCUUUUCAUCAAGCAGCAAAUUGGAGUUGUCAUGUCACAAGGCAAUAUUGGCAGCAAGGUCCAAUUUUUUCAGAAACUUACUGGUACGACGAGGGAUGCAUUCUUUGGGUAAGGAGUGUUCAGAAAGGGCGAACCAGAAGUGUGAACGUAUUGUGCUGGAUGAAACAGUCAUUCCAAGAAAGUAUGCCCGUGUGUUACUACAAGCCAUCUACUUGGAUACAGUGGAUCUGUCGUGUGUUAUUCGGAACAGUGUUAGUACGAGUAGUCUGAGUGAGGUUCAGGCUAUUGUAACCGGGAAAGGUCACUUGACCCAUGCUGAAGAAGCAAUUGAAAUUCACGAGAUUGGACAGUUCCUUGAUUUGCCCAUCCUGUCCCAAGGGAGUGAAGAUAUAAUAGUUGAUACCUUAGGCAUGGACAAUUUGGUACCAAUCCUGCUGUGGAGUUCACAACCUCUUGGUUCGGCCUGGGUUUAUCGGCAAGCUCUACACUACCUAAGAGAAGACUUCUUACAAAUCGCCCAUUCGCCGACCAUCUUAGAUUUACCAAAGAAGUAUUUGAUUGAUGCCAUCAGCUCUGACUUCCUGCAGGCAAGUGAAGCAGAUGUUCUCUGUGCUGUCCUUAAAUGGGGGGAGCAUCAGCUCGUCAAACGAAUGGAAGAGAGAGAGCCAAACUUGCUGAAUCAUACUACUCAUAGCGUCAGUAAGAAGGGUAUAAAGAAACGUGACCUAAGUGAUGUCGAGCUGCGUGAUAUCCUGUCUGAUCUACUAGUGUAUGUACGUGCUGAUCACAUUAUUCCACCCAACCAUGAGGUGCUGACAAAUGCAAUUAAGCGAGGUCUCAUCAGUACGCCACCGUCUCACAUGAUGGGAGAUGAGCCUGGCCACCAGAGUCGAGCAAGUGCUUGGAUACGUGGAAGGAACCGAGGCACGUUUUUGAAACCGAGGCUCUUUCAACCACAUUAUGAUGAAACUAAGGCAUUACUCGAUGAGCAACUUUCCCAGAUCCAGGGGAAUGAGGAGGUACAGUUGAGAACAGUACAUAUGUCCAACAUACCUGAUACUCUGUAUAUGGUUGAGGGAGAUACCCUUGGUCUUCAGUACUUCCCUGGACACCUUCCAUCUGCUGCUACUGUGGAUAUAAUUGGUGGAACUAUAUUAGUCCCUCAUGAUGAUACCUUACAAACCAUGUUAAAAAGAGAAGGUGAAUUGAAGCAGUCACAGCUAGUGCAUCGAGCAAACAGUCUUCCCUGUGCUGACCGGAGAGCCAUCACUCAUCAGCUGCAGUUAAGAGUCGUCCGAGAAUUUGGUUUGCCUGAUUCAUCAGUGCAGGUAUUCAAGACCGGCCAGCUGUUUGCCUUGACGCAGGCACCCGAGCACUUCCCCAGACUUUCUCAACCACAACUCAAUCCAUCGCUUCCGAUGUCACUUCAGUCAUAUCACUUUCCCCAAUCGACAGCAUCAUCAUCACCAGCACAUUAUGGUUUAGGUCCAAUAUCACCUGUGAUGUUGUAUGACAUGGAAGAGAAAGAGGCCAGUUCAUGCAGUGGUAGUUUUCUAAGUGAUCCGAUGCCAGACAUUGCCAUGGCAUCAUCAGCUGUUAGUUCAAUGACCAUCCAAGAAGACCUUGAACUUGACCUUGGGGAUGGUAGUCAUCAUGGAACUUUGUAUUUAUGAUAAGUGAACUGAGAACGUUUCAAUGACAUUCUGAAAUGAUUGGUCACUCUGCGCCAACAUUUUGUUGCUGGCAUUGGAUAGUCUCGUGAUUAAAAGUCAGUAUAUCAGUUAAAGCUGGUAGGUCAAAUUAACAUUCCCAAGUAAGGUCGACGUCGAGCACUCUGUUUGUAACAAACUCUUUGUAUCUUAAUCAAUGCCAUCAUAUCACUCUAACUUCUUCGGUUUAUCAUCAGGUCGCAAUGAAAUACAUUCUUAAAUUUCUCAAAAUGCAUUCUGAUUUGAGAUCUCGAAUUCAAUAUUGUCAAUGAGAUUGAUAUUGAAAUAUCGGAUUUGAAUAAAUUAGUUACUGCUUCAAAAUUGGCCAACCAAGUAUAUGUUACAAUAUAUUUCGAGGCAAAUUUGAUGGAACACCGAAAAAAUUACAGUGAUAUGUUAACGUCGAUUACUUUUAAAGAAAGAAGUAGUUUGGUAAAUUUGUCUUUACCGCUCCAGUCCAUGUUUUAAAUGAAAGCCUAUCCGAUACAGUACGGAGGCCAGUUCAUGAUUCGAGUUCUGACAUUCGUCUCUGAAUACCUUUAUAAGGUGAACUCUGGACGCUCUCACAUGAAUUGCACCCUCCAGUUUCUGCAGAGAAUGUCUCCCUUCCGGGUUGUGCACUGGGGUAGUGGGUAUAAUCAGUAGAGGAUCCAAAUAUACAUUGUCUUCAGCCUUACUCGGGAAUGUAUAUUUGACCUGUCAGUUUUAAUGUGCUUCUAUUUUGAGGUAACUUUUAUUAUAAGGUGUGAUCACCUAAUUUAUCGAGACGAGCAAGUAUAUAUCAACAAUGUGGUGUAUAUAGUAUAUUGUAUAUUGAGUGUCUCUUUGAAAUUCACAUGUCAAUGCCACUAAAAUAAUGCCCCUAGUUCACCAGCAUGUUUAUUUGUUCUAGCAUGUUUAGUGAACUAUGCUCACCUAGCUAUCAUCGAGAGUAUUGGGCUUCUCAAGCAACCAAUUGACUCACUAAUUGUCCUUGUGUAGUUGUCUUACAUGACUACAUGGAGUUUCAGCAUCAUUGCAGUUAUGCUGCAGCGUGUCGAAGAAAGGAUGGAAGUAUUUCAUCAUGAAGGACUUGAGCUGCUGUAAGUGGACAAACUUUUCAAUAGGUUUGGGUGCAGUGGCUUGAUCUUGGCUGUCAUUUCCUCAGUAGGCCUCCGAUUCAAUCUUUGUGAAAGUGGGGUCCAGUUGUCUCAAUAGCUCAGUUUGACGGAUAUCCCUUCUGUAGAGUACAUGAGACAUCAAAGGUCUGCAACAACUGAGUCCCCUGUACGGUUUCCUGGUUGAAUUUACUUGUUGUAAUCUUGCUGAGUGUAAUCUUUGAAGAAUUCGUGGCCAAUGAACUUUGUUUUGUACGGUUCUGGCAUUAUUCUUGCUUUUUUGAUUACGCUGACAUACUCUGCUGGCAUGUGAAUAUCACGAUUCACCAACGCCUCCUCUAUAUUUGCAUGAACAGAAUCAAAUUCAAUUUGAGUGUAAACCCUUUUCAAAAUUUUCUGCAUGAUUAUGACGUGAUGAACUAUGUAUAGCAACAUGAAGAAUCGCAUUGGCCAAAAUGAUGUUUUUGUUCUGGUAUGUACAGCUGUCACUGAAGAGAAAAAGCAGACUCUGUCCUGCACAUAUUUUCUUAUCCAGGAAAUCCACAAUAAUAGAUGAGAACUCUGAUUUGUUAAGGCCACCUUUGCCCUCAUGGCAAAUGUAGUUGAUAACGUCUUUUGAGGAAAGGUGGAACACUGUAAAGUUAUGUACACAUAGCUUAGUUUUAUAAUGUGCAGAGGCUUUCAUACGAGGGCAUAGGAGGACUGCUUGUAGGUCCAUGGUUUAGAUAUCUUUAUUUGGGCUGAUAUUGUCCUUGUCUCUCUCUGUUCUAGCUUCAUUUUUCUUGUCUGUCAUUUUCUGCAUCAGUUAGGUUACCAGGUUUGAAAGUGUAACAUGUGUCACAUUGGACUUUUCUGAAAAACAAAAUGUAAUAACAAGAUGCUAGGGAGAACUUGCUAAUCACUCCUCCCUAAAACUAUGGUGAGGAUGAUAUUCUAAAUGUAGUGUCUCUUGGUGAAUUGGGUAUGACUUUCACCCUUUGGGAUGAUUGGGGCUUGGACUGGGACGUCACCGUAACCCCAAGCUGGCAUUUUAAAAAAAUAUUGGAAGUAAUCCUACUCUUUUGGAAUUCAUGAUACGCCAAACCUAAUACACUUGGAGAUUUUAGGAAGAACUGUACUUCCUGACCAAAACAGUUAUCUAAAGCCCUGAUUUAGAUUUUAGUUCAAAGUUCUCUUCUUCUGUUAGAAACAUAAUGUUGUUUCGAGAUAUCAUCGGUGUCCAUGCCAUCCAAAACCCAGUCAUUAUAACACUUUCAUGCGCAUUGGCAAAAACAUCUAUUGGUGAUUUGUUCUGACACUUUGUAAUUUAAUAGUUACCUUGGCUGAAAAAAUCCUAUGUUCUUUGUGUUGAUUACUUUUGUGAAGCAUUUGUAACCGACAUGACGUAUAGGUGGUUCCUUUCCCGGUUCCUCUCUGGUUUCGUCAAGUUCAGGAUGGUCUUCAGGAUCUACAUGGUCUUCAGUGUUAUUUGGCAGAUCAGGGUUUUCAGUUUCAUUCUGUUCUUUGGCAGUUGACUCAAUAUCAUCUGAGACCCAAUGUCGCACUGUCCAUUUUCCAAUGCCAUGAGUACUGAGAAUAAUCUUCUUACACACCUUGUGUAGGCUGUACGGCCUUGGAGCCACAAGUGGUACGCCAGUGUAUAGCUUCUUUGAUAGGCAACUACGAAAUGAUGGAAAAAAAGAUUUAUGCCUUGAUCAGAGCUAUUUAUAGGACUCCAAGCUCUGCCUAAUAUUCCCUUUCCAUUGGCCAGUACAAUUGUGUAAACGCACCAGUGUGAAUAUUUAACUGGCUCCAUGAACGUAUUUGUCCUCCUGCAAAGCUGAUUUCAAGGCCUACUGAAAAUCUUUAUAAUUUAAGAUGCAUGCUUCAUGUGUACCAGUUGCUUUUUUUCGUUUUUUAACUGGAUAUUCCUGGACUAAUGCUGAUGACCUGUUUCUGCCCCAUGUCAUUUUCUGCGUUUCUCCUCAGUGACUUCAUGGCAAGUAUCGGAAGCCUUACAAGAACAUGUCAGUCCCAUUCCCCAUUUAGAUCUUUCUGUAACUUGCAACCAUUUUCCUUCCUGUUUUUUCAACCCCUUAUAGGCCUCAGCAUUCAUUCCGCGAUUACACUGUAAUUUUUUGUUCUCUGCCAAUGUUCUUUUCUACCUUGACAGUUCCUUGCUCGUUUUCUUGCUGGUUCUGUAAAGAGACAGCUAGUACAAAUGAUGAAAACUGAAGGUACGUUGUCAACGUGUGUACCUUAAAGCAAAUUACAAGUAUGGGUCCGCAAUCCAAGUAAAAAUUUUAUUGCUGAUCAGACAUGUCACAAGUUCUUCAUUAUCCAAAGGUAUUCCAAUUAAGAAGGGGUCCGUAGGUUUAAAUUAUUUCAUUUAAGCAACAAACCAUCCCGGGCCGCAACGUUGCGCAAUGUUAGUGGAGCUACAUGUAGGUCUACUUUGACUUGAACUGAAAAUGAAGCACAUGGUUGUUUUUGGAAAAAUGUGACUUUGAUGAACAGUAAUUUUUAAAAAAAUAGGAAAGUUCUUUUGUUUUAAGUACGCUUUAUGUUUAGGACAAUUUCGUUCAAACCUUGACAGACUGAUGAUGAGGUCUGGGUGAACAUGUCUAUGUAAGCAAUACUUGAAGUGAAAUGUCUCAUCUGACAAAAAAAGAAGAUUUGUAAGCUCUCUCUUUCCAUCAAUCUACAAAGUGAAGUGUUUCAUCAUUGGACAAAUUCAUGUAUCAAUUUUGUUAAAAAGGACUAUGAUUUCCUGAACAAGGAUAUGCUUUUCGCUUUGAGAUUUUUAUCUUUGGAGAUAAAAGAGGUUUUUUAAACCCCACUUUCACAAACAAACUUCAAAAACUCGUGAAAUGUCUCAAACUUUAUGUUCCAAGGACACUUUAUGUUUGGGCCAAUUUUGUUCAAACUUUGACAAACGGACGAUUAAGUCUGUGUGGACAUGAAAUUAUGAGCAGUUUUUGCGGCGAACUGUCUCAUCUUACAAUGCAAAGAGGAUUUGUAAGCACUUUCUUGGCAUAAUCUACAUGUUUUACUGAUCUGAACCAAUAUAUAAAUCUGGGUUACAUUUAGCGUAAAGGUUGGCCCAGGUUGUACACCUCUUCAAAUUCAAUAUCGAAGUGCCAUGGCACAGCUCAUUACUUUGUAUUUAUUUAUUUGUGUAAUUUAUUUGAAAAAAAUUAUUUUACGGUGCACAUGCAAUUUUUGAAUGUAAAACAGCAACUACAAUAUAAUCCUACUCAUCACACAUUCUUGUUACCUAUUCAGACUAUACAAUGUAAACUCUUUGAAUUUAUGAGUUGAGUAGGCCCUAUGUAUGUCAGGUAGUAUUCUUAAACAAGAUGUGGUCAUAUAAGCUUCCCUAAAUGCCUGCUACAAAAUGGUCAUGCUUGCAUGUGUACUCAAAUACAGUAUUUGUAGUACAAACACACACUCUCGGACAAAACAUUAUGUUGCUGAUUAACUUAAACUAAUUGGUGUCGACAGAAAACAAUGGGACCUUUCGCACUGCAUCAACCUAGACGUCAUUUUUAUUGUGCUAAUAAUGAUUGUGAGAGGCUUAUUGUGUGUGUCCUAGUUACUGAGUGGCAGGCUUUGAUGUUCAGUUAGUACAACUCCAACCGAGACCAAAAUUUAGUGAUUUCAAUAAAAACAUUUUGUUAUAAAACAAAACGAUUUGUUUUAAUUCAGUUCUU